AUGCCGGAUUGGAAGUCACCAGAAGUCGUGGCGCAGAAUGCUGCAGCUUUCACCCAGCUCAUGCACGCACUAUUCGGAGUCUAUGUGUGGGAGUGGGCCCUUACAUUGGACUUCGAUUGGCAAUAUCUUAGCGGCAAGAGGAAGUUUCGUUGGCCUCUGAUUUUCUACUUCACGGGCCGGUACUUACUCCUGUUUGCCUUGAUCGGAAUCCUCAUCGCUCUCGAUACCGUGAUACCUAUAAACUGCCAAGCCCUUUAUACAUUCAAUCAACUAGCAGGCGAUGCAGCGGUUGGACUUGCCUCAAUCAAUUUAUCUAUCCGAACAAUUGCCGUAUGGUCACGAAAUAAAUGGAUUAUCGCUAUAUUAGUCCUGAUCAUCCUCGGUCACUGGUCACUCAUUCUACAAGGCGUUCUUCUCGACGCCAUGUGGUCGGACGAAAUGAAAACCUGCGUUAUCCUCUCGACCAACAACACAGUUCUUGCUGCCACCUUCAUAUAUUCCAUGGCUUUUGACUUCAUUGUCUUGUUGCUCAACGGCUACAAACUCGUGGGUCUGGGGACUCGAAUCAACAGCGGCUCUUCACGCUCCGCUCCGAUGUCCACUACGAGUAGACUUGGGAAAAUGAUCUUCGCCGACGGUCUUAUUUACUUCUUCAUCGCGUUCGUAGCCAAUACCCUUGCAAGCGUCUUCAUGAUCCUCGAUCUCAAUCCGAUUAUGAGCGUCGUUUUCAAUGUCCCAGCAGCCGUUGCUUCUACUAUUGUCGCAUGUCGUGCCGUUCGUCGCCUCACGAACUUUAACAACCCCGGUGCAGAGAUCUAUGGUGCAUCAUCCGCGCAGACAGGGUCCAACUUGGGCUUCCGAAGUGGGGCAGCACCACAGGGAACUAUCCCAAGAGGCACGAUGCCCACCAAGUCAGGGGUCCAUGUUCAGAUGGAGACUUUUACUCGUCACCCUGACGAGCCUAGUGACAAGAGCGACUACGUUGAAGGAAAUAAGAGACAAACUGUCAUCUUCAUGCCCGAUGUGUUGGAAAGCGAUAAGCAUUCAGAUAUCGACAUUGAGGCCAAGGGCGUCCUAUAA